UCCAAUGAGCUGUCUGUCUUCUCACUGAGUUUAAAGGUUCCCACACAUCGCAACCAACACACCAGACUGGGAGAGCUGCAGGAGUUCUCAUUUUAACCUAAAUAACCACGAGUCAGCCAUGAAUUAUCAACAGCAGAUUGAUAACAUCGUGUCCACUGCCAAAUUUGGAGACUUGAUUGAAUUUUCCUACCCACUUGGAUAUUCGCACUGGGCCGUCUAUGAUGACGAUGGACAUGUAAUCCAUUUUGCGGUUGCAGAUGAGAAGCAACUAAUGACAACUGUUCGUACUUAUCUGCAAAAAAUCAUGCCAGUAUGUGGGGACCUUCUCCUUGGAGAAACCAAGAUUCGCAGAGUCCCUGUUGGUGAGGUCAAUGUCCCACAUGGAGCCCAUGCGUUGGUCAGUAACAAUCGCCAUGCCUUCACACCUUCAGCACCUGAGGAUAUGAGGCUACGCCGUGACGCCCUUCUCAAUCAAUCCCUUCCAUAUAACCUUUUUACUCUUAACUGCGAGCACUUUGCCACUUUCAUACGCUACGGGAAAGCUGUGUGCAACCAGAUCCCUGCAAAACCCAAGAAUGAAGAGUGCACAGGAGCAACUACAGUUUUCAAAGACAUUGUCAACUCAAAGCAAACUGAUUAGAAACGUUUUCAUUUCUACAUAUAUGAACUUGUGCGGUGCCUCAGUUUGGUCUUUCUGAGUCACAUCACUGUAAAUAUUCAACAUGUUCUCUUUGUCUGGCCCUCUAUAGAGUUUAGCCUGAUUAUUUUUUUAUUUUUUUAUGAAGCCACUUAUGGAAUUGGCAGUAUGUACAGCAAGGUUUAAACUUACUUGUUUUUUGCCCUUAUUUAUUAAUUUGCAAAUGCUUAGUUGAAACCGAUAAAUAUUUUUUCUCAGCAAAAUAUCUUUAAUAAUUUCUCCAGAGAAAAAAACAAUCUUGGGAUUCAUAAUUUGGCCGAGCAAAAUCCCUGAAGCUAUUAGAUUUACCACGACAAACCAUACACUGGCACGCUGAAAGCACGUGAUGAUCAUAACGCCAAAAGAUAACGUGUGAUAAAAAAACAAACAAUGUAGAUACUGAUGAGAAUUAGAGACCGAUACUAAUAUUAGGUCAUUUCAAAUCUGAUGUUCUCAUAUAAUAUAUCAGAUAUAAUUUUCUGUUCAGGCACAAAACAUAAACAAAUUAACCUAACAUUUGUUAUUUGUAUUUAUUUACUUGUUUACUCGUUUAUGCUCUGCCUGAGGCUGCUGGGAUCAACCGCUUCCAACAGAGAAGCUGCAGGGUGCCCUCUGGUGGAUGAACUAUGCAACAUCAACACUCAGUGUGGUGAAGGGUGUUUCUCCCAUCUUUUCUUAACUUUAAAAAAAAAAGGUUCCUUUAUCAGCUGUUAUAAAUACUGAUACCAAUAAACAUAUAUUGGAUUAAUGA